AGGGAAGCUAAGUUUCGCUUCUGCUGGGGCUGAAUGAAAAUGCGGCAGCCGCUGUUCAGAUCCUUAAAGUUGUCGUGGCUUGCUUCUUCUCUAUAGAGUGUCAGCUAUGCACAGAUAUGGCCUUCUUACAUUCUUUAAGGAGCCAGUGCCUUUGAAAAGCAUUUCUGUGGAUGUCAUUGUCCGAGGUUUCGUGGCUGAUGUAGCAGCUGAUCUCCAAUACAAGAAUGAGGAGAAGAACCCUGUGGAGGCCACCUUUGUCUUCCCUCUGGAUGAUGAGGCUACAGUAUAUGCCUUUGAGGGUCUGACUGGUGGGAAACGGAUUGAGGCCCAGAUCCGAGAGAAGAAGCAGGCAGAGCAAGAAUAUGAGGAUGCCCUGAGCCAAGGCCGCCAGGCUUUCCUGCUUGAGAGAGAAGAAAACACCAGCGACAUCUUCAUAUGCAGCCUGGGCAAUCUUCCUCCUGGUGCGGGUGCCACAUUGAAACUGUGCUACGUUCAAGCGCUAGCUGUGGAACCGGAUGGCGCUGCCCGUUUUGUCUUGCCCGCUGUCCUGAACCCCCGCUAUGUUCCUGCAGGCUCAGAAGGGGGCACUGUUUCCCAGCAGAUGCCACAAGUGCCCACAGGAGCUCUGCCCUACACGCUCAGCCUCAGCGCCAGGGUGGAGUCCCCCUAUGGCAUCAACUGCGUGGACUCAAAAUGCAGUCUUCUGCAACAUUUGACAGAGGACUGGACCACUGCCCAGGUUUCCUUGGCUAAAGGGCACCAAUUUGACCGUGACGUGGAACUGCUGAUAUAUUAUGAAGACGUUCACAAGACCAGUGCCAUUUUAGAGGCUGGGAAGUCUGGGGCUGCUCCAGGAUCGCUGAUGGGGGACCCUGCCCUUCUGCUAACCCUGUACCCCAACAUUCCAGCUGUCAAGCCAGGUCAGAGUGUUGCUGGAGAGUUCAUCUUCCUGCUGGAUCGCUCUGGCAGCAUGGAUUCCAUCGUGGAUUACCAGCACCCUUCACCAUCACGCAUUCAGAGUGCCAAGGAGACCCUGAUUUUCUUGCUAAAGAGUCUCCCUCUGGGAUGUUACUUCAACAUCUAUGGCUUUGGCUCUACUUAUGACUCAUUCUACCCGCAGAGUGUGGAGUACACCCAGGAGACCAUGAACACUGCUAUCCAACGUGUGAAGAAGCUGGAUUGUGACUUGGGAGGCACAGAGAUUCUAAGACCCCUGAAGGCCAUUUACAGCCAGCCAGGCCAUGAAGGGCAUCCUCGACAGGUAUUCAAAUAAGAUGAUCUUCCCUUUUAUACAGAAUCAGGAUUAAGCACACUCGUGAAAAGGUUUACAGAAAAAGCACAUAAUAAUGCUCAUAGCUAGAAGCGUGAGGAGAAUUUACUUUUAUUAUAGGCUGUAGACAUUUUAUAUAUCCAUACUCAUCACAUUAUUUCCUUUCAAGAUAAGCAGCAUUAUGCAAAGCACAGAAAGGGAGUAAGAAUUAAUAAGCUAAAGAACCUAUAUGUACUCCCGUAGCUACUCAGGGCACUGCAUGGUGAACCAGCUGAACCUUCCAAACGGUCUUCUAGGGCAGCCCUGUGUAAAGCAAAUUGCAGUAGUCCAGCAGCAAGGUCAUAAGGGCGUGGGUGAUUGAGAGCAAAGCUUCCUGGUUGAGAUACAGCUGCAACUGACGCACCAUGCUCAUAGUAUUUAUUACUUCUUCUGACAUUACUAGACUUGGUUUCAAUUUCAUUCCUGAUGAUGUCACUAUAAUUUCCAUAGAAAUCUCUAAAGUAGUCUUUCCAGGAUUCCCUCACUUCAGUUUCAUCCCCAGUCAUUUUGUCGGUUUGAAUUUUAAUUCCAUUCACUCUGCCUGGCAGCUCUUUGUUUAAGUCUCUUCCCUUAUUGCCUGUUGUUUUGUUGUGUUCUUUCCAUCAAAUUUGCUGUGCUUUCCUACUGCCUGCUUUAAACUUAACUGCUUUUUGCUCUCUUUUGCUUUAUAUGUACACACACAACACAAUAUCUUUCUCCCCUUGGUUGUUGUUUUUUUUUUUAGCAUUUGGUCAUAUGCAUGUUUUCUUAUCCACUGUUUCUUCCGUUUCACCAUUCCACCAAGCAUCCUUUUUAUACUUGCUAUUAAUGUAACUCCAUGAUUUCUAAGGCACUGGGUAACAUGGUUCUUUUCAUUCUGUUCCAAACAACUCCCUCACCUUCUUUCUUGGUCCACUUUCCAUUCAUUCUGUUGGGAGAUUAAUCAAUCUUACAAUAUCUUUAAUAUUUUAUUUUGCAUUUUUUUCUGCAGUCAUUCUACUUUUACUCCAGUUUCUUUCACUU